CUUCUCCCACCUCCGUCCCGUCCGUAUAUAUUUCGAAUUCCCCCCUCCUCGGCUCCUCCUCUGCCUCGGUGCCUCCCUCAGCGCCUCUCCUCCUUCCCCUCCCCGGCGCUCCGCGUCAAGACCCGCCGUUCCUCGUCGCCCGAUCCGUGCACGUCCGAUCCGCCAGGGGAUGGCCACCUUCGAGCUGUACCGGAGGUCCACCAUUGGCACCUGCCUCACCGAGACGCUGGACGAGCUCGUCUCCAGCGGAGCCGUCAGCCCAGAGCUCGCUAUCCAGGUCCUUGUGCAGUUUGACAAGUCCAUGACUGAGGCGCUGGAGAUGCAGGUCAAGAGCAAGGUUAACGUCAAGGGUCAUCUGCACACCUACAGGUUCUGCGACAAUGUCUGGACCUUCAUUCUAACAGAUGCAACCUUCAAGAGCGAGGAGAUUCAAGAAACACUGGGCAAGGUGAAGAUCGUGGCCUGCGAUUCCAAGUUGCUGCAGCCUCAACAACCAUAAAAGAACCACCACCUGCCCAAUCUCGAUCCCGUCCAGUUUAGCUCAGUUUCAUGCUAUUAUUGGCGCCACCCAAACUUUCCUAGUUCAUGUGAAUUUGCCCCCUCUGAACUUUGUUUGUGUGAAGUUAAGCCAUCGGCCGUGACACUUGACUAGACUAGAGUACCAUGGCUGCCAACAUGUUAUCCGUACUGAAUAUGGAAUAUGGUUUUGCUGCUUUCUGUUGAUAAUUUCACAUGAAUGACUAGAUAAAAGCGUUGAAUUUGACAUUAAUUCA